AUGGCUGCCAUUUGCGGAAUAAAACCCUGGAUUGGAAUACUUAGGAACGACACUGCUGCCUACCUCAAUGAUAUGAUGAUGAUGAACUUUACUCACGUGUCGAUGUAUUUAGCUGACGCUAAUUGGGGACACAACAUAAUGAUAAAAUAAAUAAUAAAUAAUAUGAUAAAUAAUAGAUAAUAAGUAAUAAAUAACAUGAUAAAUAUUCUAUAAUAAUAUGUACAUUAAUAAAAAGCUAUAGUAUAAUCCUAUAAAUAUUAUAUAUGCAUUUACAAUAUGCUAAAAUAAUCAAAACAAUUCUAGGAACACGGGCACAACUUAAGAGGUACAAAUUACGCACGCGGAGCAAUUGUUGUCAUUUAUCAGUUCAGUAAGAUCCUUACAUCUAAUAUGAACCUUAACCUAGAUAGGCUGCUCGUUUCUGUGAUGUUUUUAUCUAGUUUGUUCCAUAAAAAGGGUCCAAGAUAUCUAAGAGAGUGUUUACCAUACAAUACAGAAUUAAAUCUAGGAAUAGAAGACUUAGUGCUGAAAAUGCCAUAAAUCAAAUCAGGAACUAGCCUAUAUCUAACCUUGUACAUGAGUAUAACUAUGUCUUGUAAUCUCCUAUUAAGAAGGCUUGGUAGUUUAGCACGAUCUAAUAAGUUCAUAUACGUUUCUGAAUGUAAGUUAUAAACCUGACUAUCCUUAGUGCCCGCUCUUGAAUUCUUUCAACCUUUCUUGUAUCCGACGCCUUACAGAAAUGUCAUGUGUGAUGCCAAUAGGUGAGAUAUGGCAUGAUAGCAGUUUUAUAAAGUAAUAGUUUAGUCUCCGUAGUAAUUAGGUUUCUUAACCUUUUACUGGCCUUUUUGCACAAUUCGCUAAUAUGUUGGCUGAAAAUUAGAUUCUCGUCAAAGUUCACACCCAGUAGCUUGAUAUUAUCCGUUGUCUUAAUUGCUUGAUCACCGAUCUUGAUGUUAAUCUGUUCAGUUUCAUUACGUUGUUUAAUCCCUAUGGCGUUAAGUUUUUCUGGGUUGGACAGUAAAUAGUUGUCCUUAUACCAUUUAAGGACAAAGUUUCCUUCCUUGAUACUCGUAACUGUCAACGGAUCUCUUGCCAUAUUUGCAUUUCUUAGUAACCUGGUCAUCACUGUUACAGUAAUCAAGACCCCCUCCUUACAGAAGUCGUGUAACAUUCUACUGAGUAACCUGGCCUUUGCAGAUUGCCUCACGGGAGUUAUCGUCCAGCCCAUGUUUAUUGUGUGGCGACUUUUUCUUCAAAGAGCCCGGCAGUCAUGUCUACAUCAAGUUCUGGUGUUUGAUUUUUUUUACACUUAA